AUGUCGUCCCAAGCCCCUCACCCCACCCUGUUGAUCCCAGGGCCCAUUGAAUUCGACGAUGCUGUGCUACAGUCCAUGUCCCACUAUGCUGAGAGUCAUGUCGGCCCUGGGUUCGUCAAGACCUUUGGAGAAACGUUGACCUUGGUUCGGAAACUCUUUCAGUCCACCAGCCCGACGGCGCAACCAUUCGUCAUCUCGGGCAGUGGCACCCUCGGCUGGGAUAUUGUGGCUUCCAGUUUGAUCGAGAAGGGCGAGAAUGCCCUUGUCCUGCACACCGGCUACUUCGCCGACUCCUUCGCAGCCUGUCUGGAGGCCUACGGAGUCAACGCGACACAGCUCAAGGCCCCUGUCGGGGAGCGCCCGUCUUUCGAGCAGAUCGAGCAAGCCUUGAAGGAAAAGCCCUACAAGAUCAUCACCAUCACGCAUGUGGACACCUCCACUGGCGUGUUGAGUGACAUCAAGCGUGUGGGGGAGAUCGUCCGUCGGGUCAGCCCCGAGACUUUGGUGGUGGUCGACGGAGUGUGCAGUGUCGGCUGCGAGGAGAUCGCCUUUGAUGCCUGGGAUAUCGACGUGGUCCUCACCGCCAGCCAGAAGGCCAUCGGAUGCCCUCCAGGUCUCAGUAUCCUGAUGGUUUCCGGCCGGGCCCUGGAGCGCUUCAAGUCCCGCCAGACGCCUCCCGCAUCGUACUAUGCCUCGCUCGGCAACUGGCUCCCGAUCAUGCAGAACUAUGAGAACUUCAAGCCCUCCUACUUCGCGACUCCGCCUACUCAGCUGGUGCAUGCCCUACACACCACGCUGUCCCAGAUCACCGCCGGCUCCAUUGCCGAGCGGUUUGCAGUCCACGUACAGGCGUCGGACCGUGUCAAGGCUGCCGUCGCCGAGCUCGGCCUGUGCCAGUUGGCCAGCAAGCCGGAGAACCAGGCCCAUGCCAUGACGGCGAUCUGGCUGCCCGAAGGUCUGACCCCGCCAGACGUCCUCCCGGGUCUGUUGAAGCGCGGAGUCAUCUUUGCAGCCGGUCUGCACAAGGAAGUCGCCACUAGAUACAUCCGAUUCGGCCACAUGGGUGUCAGCGUCACCUCGGGACGCCCGGACAUUGACAAUGCAAUUGCCGCCUUGAAAGAAGCGAUCACGGAGGCUAAGCAGGCUAAGGGACUGUAG